CUGUACAACAAGGGCCGGGCUGCAAGAGCCCAUUCGCGUACUUUUUGAUUAGUCUUGGGAAUUGAAUUAAACCAGUGACAUUGAAUUAAGUACUUUUGCUGCGACCUUGGCUUACAUACGGACUACAGGAUGGUUGAAAUUAACUCUUGGAUCGUCGUCUGACUGUACUACCUAGGUAUGUAAUCUCGCGAGCCUCAGCCCUGUGGUUGAGACCGGGGAUAGUCUUGGCCUGUCGCUUAAUUUAUCUCAUGGAUGGUGAAGCUCUCAGGAGCCGACACUUGACGGCUCGGUGAUGCAUUUGCCAGUCUUCAGCCUUCUUCAUUGUUUUCUGCCGUUCUGGCCUUAUUUAAUGGUCGAGGCUGCCGCACUGAACUUCUGCAUCGUAUACACCGGUUAACGAUAUCUCCUCUCAUUAUUUUCUUGGCGUCUGAAACACAGGGUCCCACGGCGUUUGUAUCUCUACGAUGGUGACUGAGACUGCUCCUAAGACCAUCAAGCGGUUAAUCGCCUGUUGCGAUGGCACCUGGAUGGAUAGUGACAAUGGCUACGAAGAACCCGGCUUGCUAAGAAAAGAAGGUUCUCUUCAGAUACCUUCCAACGUUACUCGAAUAUCCCGUUGCUUUGAGAAGAGGUGCAGCGAUGGCAAGCUUCAAGUGGUCAACUAUGAGUCAGGUGUUGGUACAGGUAGCAACGUACUCGACAGCAUUACUGGCGGUGCUUUUGGUAUGGGACUCGCAGAGCGUAUGCGGGAAACAUAUUCGUUUUUAUGUUCCAACUAUAUGGAUGGCGAUGAGAUAAUACUCGUUGGUUUCUCCAGAGGUGCUUUCACAGUCCGUUCUGUGGCAGGCAUGAUUGGCAAUAUAGGCCUACUCACGCGUGAGGGUGUUGAGUUCUUCUACCCUAUCUUCAAAGAUAUGCAGCAUUGGAUGGACGAUGAUUAUGAAGAUCCAUUCCCCAACAUUCCAUUCCCUAACAAACCUAAAGGGAAGGACGCUGCAGAAGUUUACCGGGCUCGCUUGGAGCAACUCGGCUACACUCGUGUGAGGCGGAGUGAAGGAGAAGGCGACAUCAUCACCAUCAAAGCAGUGGGCGUCUGGGAUACCGUGGGUAGCCUCGGGAUUCCCAGAUGGCAUGACACAAAUCUGUCAGAUAGAAUCGAACAUGCGUUCCAGGCCCUUGCUCUGGACGAAACAAGGCCCCCCUUCACACCAGCAGUCUGGGAGAGGCUCCCGGAGAACAAAUACACGACGGAUCUCAGGCAGGUAUGGUUUCCUGGGAAUCAUGGUAACUGCGGUGGCGGGUGGGAAGAUCAAGGCAUGUCAAACAUCACACUUGCAUGGAUGAUGGACCAACUGGCUUCAAUUGGGGUUGAGUUCGACCUCCCUGCACUAGAACGAUGUUUCUUCCAGAACUUCAAAUUCUAUCACACAACUCCCUCAAAACUCAGCAUAAAGUCGAGGAAGAGGAGAGAGAAAACAAAGAAACGCCAGUGGGCGAUAAACCCAAUCUACGAGAAUAACCGCCCAUUUAGACCUUGGGGGCUUGGGACAAUAAGCAAAGCUCCAGGACUCCUCUACAAACUCUCUGGCCAGACAGUUCGUACACCAGGUCUGUAUAGGCCAACUGACCGCCAAUCGAAAUGCGAUAGGUCAAGAUACCUUCUUGAUACAAACGAGCGAAUACACAGCUCCGUACGAAUCAGGCUUGUCUGCAAAGGCCUCGGCUUGAAUGAUGACCACGUCUGGGACUGCCGAGCUUUGCUCAGUAACUGGAAACUCAAACGAACGAGUGAGAAAUAUACUGAUCCAGUUCCAUUCCAGCCUGGUUGGUGUCCGAACCGUGGAAAAGAUCAUAUGGGCCAUCCUAACGAUUGGUCGAAGGGGCGAUGGGUUUGGGAAUACGUCGGCAACGAGAAUGAUGGCCCCAAAGAGGCAAGACAACGGAUAAUGGUUGAAGAGCCUUUGGGACCCUAUGAGCGAUACUUACUCAGCUUGUCAGCAGGAUCACCGAAUGUGUAUUAUUUUGCGGAUACGAUAAAUAGUUGAAGUCUCUGGCUUGAUAGCUAGGUAGGAGGCGGCAGAAGUCUUCUGACUACAGCCCGAAGGGAUAAAAGACUUAGAUAACGCUACAUUACUAUAUGAUACCUUAUGAUGAGUUUAACAUACUAUGUGAAGACAUUGUCUUCUCACCUUUCUAAAGA